UGUGAAAGGUAAACAAAUGGCGCUCCGCGCUCCAAACUGUAAAAUGAUUCAAAAUGUAAGCCAAAUACGCUUAUUUAAGAGUUCAAAAUGCCCGGACAGAAGAGAAAAUAUAACGUUCGUUUUCCACCCGGACGCAUCAAGAAAAUAAUGCAGAAAGAUACAGAGGUUGGACGAAUCGCUACAGCUGUACCAGUCAUCCUAUCUAAAGCUUUAGAAAUGUUCCUCAGAUCUCUUCUCACCAUGACCUGUAAAAUAACCCAGUCCAGGAACAGCAGAGUGAUGUCCAUCAAUCACAUGAAACAGUGUAUUCAUUCAGAGAAGUUGUUUGACUUCCUGAAGGAUUUGGCAGAUCAGGCCUCCACUGCAUCAACAUCAGAAUGCAAAACUAAGGGCAAAUGGCAGUCACACAGGAAACGGUGGCAAAGUGUGUCUAUCAAAACCAGGUCACCGGAGAGGGAGGAGCCGCCUCAGAAAGCCACCAAUGAUCUGGUCAUCAACAGUGAUUCAUCCAGUGAGUCUGAGCUGUUCAUCUGCUUGGAAACUCAUUCACCUUGACCGGGCUUUUGAAAAGAUCGAACAAUCUCUUGCUGAAAACUGCAGUAUUAUUUAUGAAGACCCAACAUCUUUUGGGAGGGGGUGUUAUUGUUAUUCUUAGCAUCUGACUUCAUUUUUAAUUUGUGAAAUUGCUCUGUUGUGGUAUUAUAUUGACCAUGAAAUAAUUAUAUAAUUUUUGUUUUCAAGCUUUCCAGGGAGUUUUAAAUUCCGAUAAGGAAGAAAAUCAUUUGUUUAUGAUAUAUUGUGAAUUUCUUUGAGCAGCUCCACUAAUUUUCUUUUCGUUGGAUUCAUAAUUAAAACUGUAGUUUGAACUGUCUAAUGCUUAUAAUCUAACAUGAUUUUCUAAGUUGUGACUUAUGUGAUUAUAUAAUAUUUAUGGAUAAAGGUAAAUAUUUAUUCUUUUCUAUCUGUCCUAAAUGCAGGUCACUGGUUUUGUUACUAUUAUCCACAGAAGGUUGCAGGGUUCUUUAAGCGGCAUAUUGUAUUUUAUAGUAAAUAUUCUAUAAGGUAUAUUUUAAGAUGUCAAUAUUGCACAAUAUUGUAUAAAUAUGCAUUUUCUACUUCUCUAACCUAACUACUGUGAUAAAUGACAAGAUGAAGAAAAAAUGUUUAAGAUAACCAAGCAUCUAAUAAUAGGGUAAUGCAAAAUAAUGUCUGAAUAAAAUAUCUGAGGAUGAUG